UUGCUCCCGAACGAACAGAGGGCAAGACAGGCACACACAGCAAGGAGUUCACUCUUCCUUCUUCAACACUGUAGGACAGAGAAACUUAAAGGUAGCAAAACGAGCUCAGAAGUUCAUCCAUGGCGGCGACCUCAUCAUCUUUGCACAGCCUCUUCACUUCUCCUCCACAGGAAUUCAUAUCACUACUUUCACAGAACUUCCGUUCAUUUCAGCCAUGGCGUCCUCAACUUUCCGCAAAGCCGAAGCUUCCCGCCAUUCCCGCCAUUUCCUCGCCAAAUACAAGAAGUGCGAAUUUUAGGGUUAGAGCUGGUUACAAGAAGAAGCCAAUGGAUACGCCGGGGGCAUACGAGUUGAUUGAUGAGAAGAGUGGAGAGAGAGUGAUUCUGUGGGGUGGAGUUGAUGAUGUUGAGCCUUCAAUUCCAUCAAAGAAAGUUCUUUCAUGGAAUCCUAGUAAGAAUCAGAAUAAAUCCUCGAGUGCCAGGGAAAAUCUAGGAGGCAGUGGCCUCAGUGAGCCUCCAUCUGUUGGUCAUAAAAAUGGUAUUUCGUCUACUACUACUCUGAGAUUGUCCAAGGGUGUUGGAAGGUUGAAAGCUGUCAAGAUAAAAAGCAUUGUAAGAAAGGUUUCAAAGGAAAAGGAGAAAACCAACGAGCAUAGGUACGAGGAACCAGAUAUGGAUGAACUAGAUGAUGAUGACUCUGAUGAUGAUGAAUAUGAUGAUGAUGAUGAUGAUCCUAUUGUAUCGUCGGCUCCUCAAGCCGUCUGGAUCAGAAAUAAAAACGUUUCUGUUAAGAGUGGCAUUGAGCAGUUAAUAGACAAUAAAUCAUCAAAUAAACCUUUCGAGUCUAAGGAAAACUUGACUUUUUCAAAAGGAUGGAAUGGUAGAGAACCUAGACGUAGUGAUAGGGGUGAAAUAAGAGACCCAAAACCUACUCGUAAAUAUGAUGCUGGGAGUGACUUUUUCAGCCGAAAAUCAUUUAGGGAAUUAGGCUGUGGCGAUGACAUGAUUGAGGCUCUGAGAGCACAGGACUUUGUUCGCCCUUCACACGUUCAGGCAAUGGCAUAUUGUUCUGUUGUAGAAGGGAAGAGCUGCAUUAUAGCUGAUCAAAGUGGAUCAGGAAAAACAUUGGCAUACCUUGCUCCAGUUAUUCAACGUCUUAGACAAGAAGAGCUUGGAGGACAUAGUAAGUCGGCACCAAAAAGUCCACGAGCUGUAAUAUUAGUCCCAACUGCUGAGCUUGCUUCCCAGGUUCUGCAAAAUUGUCGAUCCAUCUCAAAACUUGGUGUUCCCUUCCGCUCUAUGGUUGCAACAGGAGGUUUCCGACAGCGAACUCAGUUGCAGAGUCUUGAACAGGAUUUAGACGUGCUUAUUGCCACACCGGGUCGUUUCAUGUACUUAAUCAAAGAAGGGUUUUUGCAGUUAACAAAUCUUAGAUGUGCUGUGUUGGAUGAAGUUGAUAUACUCUAUAAUGAUGAGGAUUUUGAACAAGCUUUGCUGAGUCUAACUAACAAGGCACCAGUUACUACGCAGUAUCUCUUUGUGACUGCCACAUUACCUGUGGAAAUUUAUAACAAACUUGUUGAGACCUUCCCAGAUAGUGAGGUAGUCAUGGGACCUGGAAUGCACCGGACGAGUUCUGGCCUUGAAGAGGUUCUUGUAGAUUGUAGUGGAAAUGAAGAGUCAGAAAAGACCCCAGAAACAGCAUUUUCCAAUAAGAAGUCUGCUCUUUUGAGGCUUGCAGAGGAGAGUCGAGUUUCUAGGACUAUUAUCUUCUGCAACAAGAUUGAGACUUGUCGAAAGGUUGAGAAUGUCCUGAGGCGUCUUGAUAGAAAGGAAAAUCAGAUACGGGUUCUUCCAUUUCAUUCUGCUCUGGAGCAAGAAACAAGGCUCAGGAAUAUGAAGGAGUUCCUCAGUCCGGUUACAGAAAACCGUUCUCUGUUUCUAAUUUGUACUGACAGAGCAUCUCGAGGAAUAGACUUUCCCAGUGUGGAUCAUGUUGUACUAUUUGACUACCCUCGUGAUCCAAGUGAAUAUGUACGGCGUGUUGGAAGAACAGCAAGAGGUGCUGGAGGUGUAGGGAAGGCCUUUGUGUUUGUGAUAGGUAAGCAAGUUUCUCUGGCAAGAAGGAUCAUUGACAGAAACCAAAAGGGACAUCCUUUGCAUGAAGUGCCUUCCUCUGCUUAUGAAUGGUGAUAGAUAUGAUUGGUAAUGUAGGGGUUCUUGGGGGAACUUUUGCAUCUUUUAACUUCAGGCUCCUCAAAUUUUGAGUUGUAAAAUAAAUUUUAGUUAUUAUAAUGGCUAAUCAAUGUAAUCAUUAGUUUUUAUUUAUUUAUUGAGUUUCUGUUAAAAUGGUAGAAUCGUAAAGUAAACGAUGAGAAAUGAAAGAAAAACACUGAAGUUUUAUUGAUGCA